CGCUUCGACUCGCUCAAGCUGCUCGAUGAGACGCAGAGCGCGCUGCGCGACAUGGGUUUCGAAACGCUCACCGAGAUCCAGGCGCGCUCCAUCCCGCCGCUGCUGCGCGGGCUCGACGUGCUCGCGCAGGCAAAGACCGGCUCCGGAAAGACGCUCUCCUUUUUGAUCCCGGCGGUGGAGCUGCUGGCGCGCGCGCGCUGGCUGCCGCGGAACGGGACCGGGAUGGUCUGCAUCUCGCCGACGCGCGAGCUCGCCCUCCAGAUCUACGGCGUGCUGCGCGAGCUGUGCGCACACCACCGCCAGACGCACGGGCUGGUGAUUGGCGGCGCCAACCGGAGGGCGGAGGCGGAGAAGCUGGCCAAGGGCGUGUGCCACCUCGUCGCGACGCCGGGCCGCUUCCUCGACCACCUCAGCGGCACCAAGGGCUUUGUGGUGACCAACCUGCAGAUGCUCGUCAUCGACGAGGCGGACCGCAUCCUCGAGAUUGGCUUCGAGGAGGACAUGCGCGCCAUCAUCAAGCUGCUGCCGACGCAGGGGCGGCAGACAGCACUCUUCUCGGCGACGCAGACCAAGAACGUCGCCGACCUCGCGCGGCUCGCCAUCCAAAACAAGCCGGUCUACGUGGAGGCCCUCCCGCCCCCCGAUGCGUAUCUGCGUUAUUUUCUCGAACCGGGGCUGCGCUUCGUCGUCUGCGAGUCUGCGAAACGCUUCCUGCUGCUCUUCACCUUUUUGAAGAAGAAUCUCAAGAAGAAGGUCAUCGUCUUCUUCUCCUCCUGCAACUCGGUCAAGUACCACGCGGAGCUCUUCAACUACAUCGACCUGCCCGUGCUCGACCUGCACGGUGACCAGAAGCAAAACAAGCGGACGGCAACCUUCUUCGAGUUUUGCUCGGCCGAGAGCGGCAUCCUCUUCUCGACGGACGUCGCGGCGCGUGGGCUAGACAUCCCGGCGGUGGAUUGGAUUGUGCAGUACGACCCGCCCGACGAGCCAAAGGCGUACAUCCACCGCGUCGGCCGUACGGCGCGCGCGGGCGGCCAGGGCCGUGCGCUGCUCUUCCUGUUGCCGCAGGAGAUGGCCUUCCUCAAGUACCUCAAGCAGGCCAACGUGCCGGUCAGCGAGUUUGAGUUCCCGGCGUCCAAGCUCGCAAACGUCGAGGCGCAGCUCCAGAAGCUCGUCGCCAAGAACUACUACCUGCACAAGUCGGCGCGCGACGCGUACCGCUCCUACAUCCACUCGUACAACUCGCACUCCUUCAAGGACGUGUUUGACGUCUACGCGCUCGACCUCGCCGGCGUCGCAAAGUCAUUUGGCUUCGAGAACCCGCCGAAGGUGACGCUGAUGCUUAAGGCCAACCCCAAGGAGCCGCAGCGGCGCAAGGGCAAGGCCGGCCGCUUCUCGGAGGACAACCCCUACGGGUCGCGGCCAAAGCAGGAAGACCGGCGGCAAUUCUCGCGGUAGCGUGGGUCAUGUUGUGCGCUCCUCUGGUAGGGUGGGUGUACGAGAGAUGUCGAGGGAGUAAAACGUACUC